GGCCUUCCACGAAGAUGAUAAGCGAGAGCAGCAGGAGCUGCUGCCUCGCUUGCCGUCCACCUUGCCGCGCAAGAAGAACCAGGAGCAAGAUCCUCGCACCUCUCAGGGUUCACCUCUCGUAGAGGAAUUUUAUGCGAGCAGCAAUAGCGUGCUGAAUAGACGUAGAAGCGGAGAUGAACUCUCCACCAUGACAAUGUCUGACCACGUGGUUGGCGCAUUUGGGGCGGGCCGCGAAAUGAAAAAGCAGGAGGACGACCACGAGAUGGGGACUGCGAGCAGGAGCAAGGAAACUACUACCAAAAAGGCAAAGAAUCGGCCGCCGAUCAUCGAGGACCUUGAAGAUGAUCUCCAACGCCAGGAAGUAGAGAAAGAUUGUUCUUCCCAGGUCGACGUCAUCUCGUGCGAGCCGUGUGCUGUCGUUGAUGGUUCUAACACGACAAGUACGCCCAAUUUGUCGACGUCUAUUAGCCACGAUGCCCCGAGCUGGACAACAUCAACUACCGACAGCCAACACACCAAAAUAAAUCUUCGUCGCUCCUUUACUACUAUCAAAUGCAAAUAUGUCUGGGUCUGGAAACUUGUGAUGCUAAUACAUGCAUCACAAACUGAUUCUGAUACGCAGCCACGCAUGAGAAAUCGCGUUUUUGCAUGAAAGAGUUUUGGCGCUAUACCACAACAUGCAUCACAGAGUUCAGGGGUAUGCCAGUUCAGUAAUACAAAUCUCGCAAUCUUCCAGACCCAGACAUAUUAAUUUGCAAUUCAUAAGAAAGUACACGCUGUCCCUGCGGGUCCGCACUGCCGCUCGUUCGCACGCCGUUGCAGCAGCGCGACAAUAAGUGGGACGUGGAGAAUUUGCAAGACCGCCUCCGGCUCUUUGGCACUUGCAUCAACAGAAUCGGCGACGUGGACAUGCAAAAUAUCAUCUCGGUGUGCGAAAUCGCCACGCGCCCCUGUCCUCUCGGGUACGGCCAUCACCCUUUGAUUUCUCUUGGUCGCACGGACGCGUUUCUCCCGGGCAGUAACUAACGACCAGGGUUUAUCAACAGAUUGCAAAUGCAAUUGAUGUCAAGAAGAACAGUAACGCCCCUAAGGCCGCCAGCUGUUGAUGAGAAUGGAAAUCCCUAGAUUAUGCUCUACUGUUUCGUAGUGCGAAAAAUAGAAACUUCA